CGUGCCAUGCAUAUUCACGCAAGUUGUCUCCACGUGUCAGAAUCCCAAGGCAACCGCCGCCGCCGCCAUUAAAAGACGCCAGUUUUUAAAGCCCGGCCGGCCGCCCUUCGAGUGUGUGUUCGUUCAAAAAUCACCAGAAAGAAGAAGAAGAAAAAUAAUAUGCAGGCGCAAGAAGAGAUGAGAAGCGGCGGGCAAAAAGGAAGAAGAGAGGAAGACCAGAUUCCGUCAAUGGCGUUGAACCACGUUUCCAGGCUGUGCAGAGAUGUCAGGAAGUCUGUGGAGUUCUACACCAAGGUGUUGGGGUUGGUGGAGGUGGAGCGGCCGCCGGGGUUCGACUUCGACGGCGCCUGGCUCUUCAACUACGGCGUCGGCAUUCAUCUCAUCCAAGCGAAUCAAGGCAACAAAGUGCGACUCCCCGGUCUCCAAACAGAUCCAGACCGCCAUCUUGACCCCGUUGACAACCACAUCUCUUUCCAAUGCGAUGAAAUGGCGAAGGUGGAGAGAAGGCUGAAGGAAGAGGGGGUGGAGUACAUGAAAAGAACGGUUGGGGAAGGAACCGCCAUAGACCAGCUGUUCUUCAAAGACCCGGAUGGAUUCAUGAUCGAGAUCUGCAACUGCGAGAAAGUGGCUUUGGUUCCCCAGAGAUCUAUGGCCAAGAUCAGGCUUCCUUCCGACCGCCACAACCCAAAACUUGAUUUAUUUUCAAUCAAGCAUAUAUAACUUGAUGUAUGGUUUAAUUAAUAGAAAUUUACUUAAAUAACACUAAAAUAUAAUAACUUUUCCUAAAUAAUAUCACAUGUGUUUU